CACAGGUGGGAUCUUUCGCGUCGACAAGUCGACAUGUCGACAGAUGGACCAGCUCCUUUGCUACUGCUUUGCUGCCGCCUUUUCUCCAGUCGACAUGUCGACACGUGCACCUGCACAUUUGCUGUCACCCCAGCUUCCCCGCCCCCUCGACAGCCAACACACACAGAGCAAAGAUUUCUUUUCAAACACUCAUGAUGAUGGUCACCAACGCACACAGUGCUUUCGCGACAGCAGUGAAGAACGCAGCUUUCCGCAAGGCCAGGCCGCACCAAGACCAAGAUGGACCAUGUCAGGCAGCCCGCGUCCACGGAUGACUGGGACGCUGAUGGUACGGAGACAGGCCCCGUCGACUACGCCUAUGACCCCACCGCCACGUGGGGCCAGGGCAUGCAGACGUCCGCUGCUCAGCCUUCGUCGCAGUCGACGCCGUGGUCAGUCGACGCUCCGCCUGCGUACUCCCAAGCGCAACCACCGCCGCAGCAGCAGCGGCAGCACCACCACCACCACCACCACCACCACCACCAACGGCAGCAACAGCACGCGGCCAGAGCGUCCUCAGCCUCGUACAGUCCCAGGGCCUUGAUUCCAAACGCACCCCUCUUUUCCCGUCAAGACCUCCAGCGACAUCAUCAUCAGCAGCAGCAGCAGAAGCUCUCCGUCCUGCACGAGCAUCUCUCAUUGUCUAUCAAGGCAACCACGGUCAAGGCCACCAAGGCCACCAUUCGAGUGCCGCUUGUCGCAGCGCGCAUCAUCACCUACCACGAGUCCCUGCUCCAGAAGUUCCAGCUGCUCACCAACAUCACGUACAUCACGUGCUGCUCGAAUCUGAACAGCGGCGACAACCUGGCGGAGCUCCUCGUCAGGGGCACCAAGGACAGCGUGCAGCAUGCGCGCGACGCCCUGCAGCGCCUGGCAGACUCGGUCAAGCUCGAGGACUUGCCCGCCGCGCCGGCCCAGGUCGACGCGCGCUCCUCUGUGCCGCCGUCAGCCAGCGCCCCGAGCGGCCACAGUGCCCUGCAGAAGGAGGACCGGUAUGGCCGCGCCGGCUCCGAUUGGCGUGCCCGCCACCCCUCGCCUGAGGCAGACUACGCCGCGCCCCAGGGGGACCAGUCGCUCCGCGUCGGCCUCCGCACGAGCCCGCACAUGGCUGGCCGGGUCGCGUCUGCCCCGCCCCACAGCCUUGCGUACGUGUUUGUGGACAACAGCAACGUCUUCAUCGGGGCCCAGCUUGAAAGCAGCGUGCGCGACCUCGCCGUCCGCGUCAACAUCCGCAGCCUGUGUGGGAUUAUCGAGGACAACAUGCCCUGCGCCUUCCGCGCCGUCGCCGGCACAAACCCGCACUCGGGGCGCAUCUGGCACGAGUGGGAGAACAACCACUACUGCACGCUGCUGGACCGCAGCGACGCUUCCAUGCACAACGUCAUUGCAGCCAAGAUUGUCGAGGUGGCCAACUCGGGCGCCAACCCGCAAACGCUGGUGCUGGUCACGGGUGACGGCAACGAGGUGGAGGGCAACGAGUCCUUCCCGCGCCUGGCCGAACGCGCCAUCCAGCACGGCUGGCGCGUGCGCGUGUGGUCGUGGGAGCAGAGCCUCUCCGGCAAGUUCCGCGACCUCAAGGAGCGCUUCAGGGCAAACAUCACCAUCCACUUCCUGGACCCCUUCAGGGAACGCAUCAUCUUCAAGGCCGGUCAAGGAUCGCGCAGCGUGUCCUCUGGGCCGACUUCGACGUCCCCGGUCACGAGGGCCCCUGCUGGUGACGCCAUGCCGCACCGUGGAUCCGGUCAUCGGCCUUCCUCUGAGCCUGUUGGUAGCCGUGACGUCGACGCAGAUCCGUACAUGUUGGCUGCGCAGUUCCACCAGCUCCGCUUCAACGGCUUCCCGCCACACGCCAACGCAGGCAUGAUGCAGGGCGCCCCGCCGCCGCGGCACCAACCGCAGCCGCAGCGAUACCACCAGCCGCAGCCGCAGCGAUACCACCAGCCGCAGCCGCAGCGAUACCAGCAGUACCAGGCACCAGCUCAGUACCAGCAGCAGCAGCAACAGUACCAGCAGCAGCAGUACCAGCAGGAGUGCCAGACACCGGCUCAGCAGCAGCGUCCGGCCUCCCCCACUGCAGAGGCCAUUCAGACCCAGCUGUACUCGAUCAUGGAUGGAGACGAGCAGCCCAAGCACUGACCGCAAAGGUUUGGUUGGUAAGCGGUGACCUCGUUUUGCACUCGACUGGUACUCUGCUUGCUGCCUUUGUUUUGGUGUUGCUGCUCCUCUCUUUCUCUCGCGUGCACUGUGUUGUCUGUUUGUCAUGGGUGAUGAUGACAUGGAUCUCUGCAUGUCAGUCUCAGUCUGCAAUCCUGUCCUACUCACUCCUUCCACUUCCUACCUGCUACUUCAUGGUGCAGGUCUCACCACACUCUCACACCUUUUCCACCACACGCACAGAUCAUUCACACACAUACUCGUACUCCCUUAACUGUACUCACUCGACUUGACAGCCAACUCUCUUGCUGUACUUCUUCAUCCAAUACCACUUGCUACCAGAACUACAGGUGUUCUCCUCCACUUGAUCACAGGAUUGCAGGCGCCCGUGCAACCUCCGACCAAACGCACGCGCUUUCUCCUCCCUUCUUUGCUCCUUUCCUUUCUCUCUUCCCCUCCUCUCCCUCCUUUCACGCCAUUCUCUCCUUUUCUUUCUCCCCCCCUUCCUCCACUUCUCCCAGCUCCCCUCCUCUUCCAUCCUCCCGUCUUUCCUUUCCUUUCUCCAUUUCCCUUCCCUCGUCCCGUUGGGCUUCCCGCUUCGUUCGGGUUUUCAGUGCAGUGCGACAUGAAAUGACCUUGUCAUGAUGCACGCCUGCACGCUUCCAAACUCCACUCCACUCCUCCCAUUUACGUUCGUGUUGCGUCCUUGUUGUGUGUUCUGUCGUCAUGUGCUUGUAAGUGUGAGCUACUUUGCCGUUAAGAGUGUCCACAUUGCUUAAUCAUUCGUAUGAGCAUUUUGGGCGCUGACCGCCUAAUCGAUGCCUUCGCUUCCGCUUUGAUCGGCCCGAAGUGAUUGAUUUGGAGUAAAUCGCUAAGUAGCCA